UCUUAUAUCACCGAGCAAUGCCCUUAGUGUGUAUUCACAUGUACCACAACCACACCACGUCGCAGCGACAAAAUGUGGUCAAGCUGUGGUUACGUGUGAAUAGUGUCGCAGCGGCAUUUUGCAGUUGCGUUGUGGUACCGACAAAAUGUGAUGUGGCUGCGCGUUGUCGCUGUCGUUGCAAUGUGGUAACCGCGUGGUCAUGUACAGUUAUACUCCGGCUUUCGUAGAGAAAACACGGCUUGACUGAACGUAGUCAUGGAGGAAAGAUUGUUGUUGCUAUCCUUGUUAUGGCUUUUAUUAAUAAGAAGAAGACGACGACAUCAGCGUAUUCGUCGAAAUAGAAUUUAUUGGGUACAUCCUUUAUUGGAAAACAAAAGUCAAAGCCAAUUUCGUACUGAUUAUCCUAAACUUCGAAGGUUCAAGAAGAAAUUUUAUAAAAAAUUUAGAAUGAACAAGCAUACAUUUGACUACUUGUUAAAUGAACUGAAUAGUGAGUUGCAAAAAAAAGACACGGCCAUGAGAAAAAGCAUACCAUCUGUUGAACGUCUGGCAAUGACAUUGAGAUAUUUGGCAACGGGGUGUUCGUUUGAAGAUCUCGCCGAUUUUUUUAAAUGUGGUACUUCAACUGCUAGCAAAAUUGUCCACGACGUGUGCCGCCUGAUUUGGGAUAAAUUACAGCCUAUUCAUUUACCAACAUGUAAUAAAACAAUGUGGCUUGAUAUUGCGAACAAAUUUAAAAAGAAAGCAAAUUUUCCAAACUGCUUAGGGGCUGUAGAUGGGAAACAUAUAAGGAUUAUUCAUCCACCACGCAGUGGUUCAUUAUUCUUUAAUUAUAAACAUUUCUUUUCUAUUGUUUUAAUGGCCGUAUGUGACGCCGAUUAUUUAUUCGUGUAUGUUGAUGUAGGAGCCUACGGUAAAACUUCCGAUUCAACUAUUUGGAGGGACUGCAGUUUAUAUGAUGCAAUGGAAAGAAAUGAUUUAGAUCUACCUGGACCGCAAGCAAUUACCCCUGUAGGUAGGCCCUUGCCUAUGGUAUUCAUUGGCGAUGAAGCCUUUGGAUUACACAAACAUUUGCUGCGACCAUACAGCGGCAAGCAAUUAACAAUGAAAAAACGUGUUUUUAACUAUAGAUUAUCACGAGCACGAAGAUAUGUGGAAUGUUCCUUUGGAAUUUUGACUAACAAAUGGCGAAUAUUGCAUAGACCAAUAAUGUGUCAGUUGAAUUUGCAACAGACAUAGUGAAAGCAUGUGUCGUAUUACAUAAUAUAGUACGCAAGCGAGAUGGUUAUAAAUUCGAAGACACUUUAUCGAUAACUUCAAAUUUGUUACGAAUGCAUUCCUUUGAACAAAGUCAUGACGGGAUUCGAGCAGAUUCUGUUAGAAAUGAAUUUGCCGACUAUUUUGUGAGCCCUGAAGGUGAAUUAUCGUGGCAGUACAAUAAAGCGUGAAUGGUGUUGUUAGGUAUACUCGGUUUAAUAAAUAGUAAUUAAUAAACUUA